AUGGACGAAUUUAUGUACGCAGACCCAGAGCUGCAAAUUCUAGCAGAAAGGUGUCGGAAAUACCAAGGGACAGCCAAGAUUAACAUGAAUCAGAUGACCCCCCAUCCAUCCAUCUCGCAGCAUGUAAACACAAAGAAUGUGGAAAGACUUUGUGAGAUAUUUGACAAAGAAGGCUGUCGAAGACUCGACGUACAUAACCACGUCAGCGCUGUUGUGUCAAGACAGCAUCUCCAUGAGGCUCUACACGUAGCAGGAGUAAACGCUGCUGAACUGCUGACUGAUCAACCAAAUCGUUUCAAACACCUCCAUUUCCCGGCUGGAUCCAUAAAGUUCCUUCACGGCCAACAUCGCUUAAAGGCCGGAGAACACUAUUUACCAUCGAUUGACCAGUGGUGGGCUGUUGACCUCCCGGAUCUUCAAACAAGCCUUGUUGAUGAAUAUGCCAACGAGAGAGUUCCAAGCGAUGGUGAAAUCUACAUAAAAGUCCGACAAUAUCGAAAUGAAGCAAAUGCACACUUCGAGAAUCGAUGGUUGGCGCGGCUGUCGGACAACAAAGCUAGGCGGCUUCGCGGACUUGAGUCUCAUCCAAGCGUUCGAGCUGCUUUUGAUUCAUUACUUACCAUGCCUUCGUUGCUGGUACAUGGAAUGCAAAUUGGGUCUCUUCCACAGGCGCUGGCUAUUGGCUGCGACGAGAUAGUGCAUGCACUAACCCGGCUUCUGCAAUACUGGUCUUCACUCGUGGGACAAGAUCGUGCUAAAAUGCUCAGAGUGGACACCCAUACCGUGGAAACAUUGCAACUUUUGGCACCUGGAGUCUCCUCGGUGGAUAGAACCACCGUGAAAGGUCUCGUACACAGCGGCGAAAUCUUUACAAAUUUCACGAAAUCACAACGGACAUCGAUUUGGAAGCGAUUGAAGAGGACAGAUGGCAUUAUUCCAUCUCUUUAUACUUUCUUUAAAGAUCUCUGGUACCUGGAAUCAUGCGCGAACUGCAUCAAACGACUCGUCACACCUUCUAGAUCUUUCCCAACGAUCAGAAGUGCUGUGCGCGCGGCAUUUUUGACCUUCGAUGAUGCCAAUGCGCAACCCUUGAUACAAACAUCUGAAACUGGUUUUCGGUAUUAUUCACCCUUUCAGGGCGACCCUGCAGAACUUGGUUACCGACAGCUCUGGCUUUAUGCUAUGCGUCACUACCCGAAGUUAUCCAAACAGCCGCAGAAGACAGACGUUAUGGCGAAGCCUACCCGUGAGGUGGCGGAGCCUAUGGUACUGCAUGACAUGGCUGUACUCGCAAAGAAGCUUGGAUUUCAAUCGCCACAAAUUGAGCAACUCAUCCAGCAGUCACCAGAUCGGGAAAUCGCACAAGAUGCUCUGUUGAGAGCCCGUCAACCAGAUCGUUACCGGUACAACGAGGAAGAAGUUGAGUCUCUGAUCAACAAAGUCACCGAGUGCUUCUUGAGGGCUAUCCCGCUUGACCAUCAGCUUCCAGUGCAAAGCAUUGGUGGAAGGGAAACCAAAAAGGAGUCUCGAUGUGGACGUCCGCAAACCGAAGCACAAUUGCAAGAUUGCCCGUUUCUUUUCAUUGACCGAAUCCACGGUGACUCCAUCAAAGAGGAGCGGAAGGCUACUUCCAUUCUGGUGAGGAGCAGUGUUUACUUCACCUUUUUCAGCAAGCUCCCAAUGCCCAGUGUGAAUGGCGACACAACAGGCGCAUCUCCAAAUAAUGGCAUGCCGAUGUCUCCGCUUUUUGUCCCGAGUAAUCGUUCGCCGCAAGAUGAAGGGACAGAAGAGAUAGAGGUUGCGGGAACACGAGUCGAACAGGAAAGUAAUUUAGAUCAGCAACGCUUGAAAGACGCCCAAAAAGAGCGACGACAGCAGAAGCGAGCGAAGAAGUUGCGGAGACGACAACAACGAGAGCAACGAAGGCACCAAUCCUCACAUUUCGACCAUCAACCGUCUCCUUCUAGAAAUUUAUCAUCAUUACCUCCCGAGUCUGAUAUGGAAAUCGAGCACAGUCUUUCGGAAGGUAGCGGAUUGGGAGAGGCGUUAAACCGGACAGAUGAGACUGAGCCCAGAAUUUCUGGAAGUGACGGUAUACUGGGUGAAAAUGAGCAGGGUACUCCUGACAUGGAGCCGUCUGUGGCGCGUGAACUCGAGCACCAUGAACCCAGUCGGGGGGUGGAAAGUUUGAGCGAAAACGAACAGUCGGAAGGCCAUUCUGAGUUAGGACUUCAGGACGAGCAGCCACGACGAGGGAGUGAAGAGAGCAUCGCUGUGAGGGAGCCCCAGGAAGAUGCGAACAUGGAAGAGCAUACAAGCGAACAAGAUGAUCAAGCGACAGAAACCGCGCAGCCUUCUCCGGCGGAAGAAGUUCAAAGGGCACUGGACAGAUUAGAAGGACGUAGGCGACCCGGAAUCGAAUCGGGACCUUCUAGGACUAUGGGUAGAAAGGGCGCGGCGUUGCGAGAGAGGGCGAAGUUCAAACCAUAUGACCAGACAGAGCGGCACCAACAAACCCGAAAGCCAUCCAUGCCGCCCCAGGAAACUCUGGAGCAGGAUAUAAACGCACUGCUACAAACAGCUGCCCAACAACAGACACCAAGACCUAUUACUGAGAUUAAUUUCCUCGAGGCUCAGCAUGGUCCUGUGUCAGGAAUGAACGAAGAGCAGAGUUCAUCACCCGCGGUUAGGGAAGAUGACCUGACUCAGGACCACCAACAGGCAGUGGAAGAAAUAUCAGGGUCAGUCGGGUUCCAACCGCAGCCAGAAAUUUCAGGCGCUAUCGAUGAGAACUCCAGCCGCCAUGGGAUGACGAAUAUUCAGUCGGAACGGGAACCACGGCGGUCGGAGUCUGUACCGCCCAACGCAUCGCCGGACGUUCAGGUUAUCGCAGAUGCUACGCAGCAGAGCACUGUGACAGAGCGUCCCUCGUUGUCAUCAGAACGAGAGUCUUCCACCCGGGCCGAUGUGCGCACACGAAUGGACGUAGCCAGGUCGGAGAAGCGGGCCGAGGAGCGAGACCAGUCUGCGCGACGAGGAGGAGCAAGUGGCCCGACCAAGAGCUCCAGCGUGACAAUCAUGUUCCGUGCACGUGAUGAGCACGGCGAGUGGAAUCGCUUAGUCCACGAAAUGGAGGUCGACCCGUCGGACCCGUCUCCAGUGGAGCGAAUGGCAGCUAAGCAGGCGCGAGCCCAAAAGGCAACCUAUUAUGACCAGAAUUUACGGCAGAUACCGCCUGGGCAGUGCUUCGAUGCGGCGAUUGAGGACGGAACGAACACAGUUUUUGUGACAUUCGGCGAUGAUCUGGCUGUAAGUGAGGAGACGGUGGAUUCGAUCACACGGGCACUCCAAGCCGACGGCGACAAUGAUCGGCCAGCGAAACGCAUGCAGCAGACUUGA